AUGAUUCCCACCAUCUUCGAACAACUAGUGAGUUGCCGCGACUGCAACAAGGCCGUUCUCGUCGAAGACCCAUCUGUCAUUCGCUCAACCGCGGCAACAGUGGCUGGGGAUCUAGUGGGACUCGUCAUUCGACAUGGCACAACAGAAAGCGCUGGCAGUGUAUCGGGGCUUAAAAUCUUUCCCUUCGCAGCCGCCGACCCGCCGCCGCAGUGGGGUGCCCAAGGGUCGAGCACCGUUUCCCGGCAGGUCAUUUUCAUGGAGGACUGCGCAACCCCGGCGGCCCGCCGACAGAUUUCCAAGGACUGGGGUCUGAAGUGGCUAGACUUCGAGCAGCAUUUCGAGACCAUCGCCGCGUGGUCGAGCAGUAAGGUGGUGGGCGAGUGCCCGUGCAAGUGCCAUCACUGGGACGGUGGCGGAGACGAGUGCACCUCGGUCGACACGACGCUCGCCCUUGUGGGCCAACAAAGCGAUCGGUACAUGAAGCCCAAAGUCCCGGAGACUGAGCACGGCGCCUCUCACCCUACUGACUUGCCAAUCUUUUAA